AUGGUAACCUUAACAAGGUCUGGUCAAGAAAGUAAAGACAAAAAAUUUAUAUCCAAGCCUGCAAAUUGUUCGACCUACAAGUCUGAAGACUUUCUUGUCCAAGUUUUACCUCCAACAGUGAUCACACGAGUAGAACGUUAUCACAUUUUUCAAAAGUCUAUUGUUGAUUCUGAGCUAGUGAUAUAUGGAGGAAGGUGGAAAAGGUGGGACCACACCCUUCGUUUUUCUCCGGCUCUUUUGGAAGAGUUGAGAUUUUGGUACAGCAAUAUCGACUCGUUUAACGGCUAUUCUCUUCGUCCACCCCCUGAUUCGUCGGCGGUUAUUUUCUCUGAUGCAAGUGAUGUCGCGUUCGGCGGGUUUUCGGCCUCCUUGGACGGCGGAAUGGCUAGCGGCAUGUUCACGUCUGAAGAUCUUGGUCAGAGCUCCACGUACCAUGCUAAAUGGGGUCCUCAUACAUUCCACCGCUUCGCGACCUAUUACAAUGCUCAGCUCCCUCGGUUUAACUCGAAGUUUGCCUCUCCCGGAUGCAGUGGGGUCGACGCAUUGGCACAAGACUGGAGCGCCGAAAACAACUGGAUAUGUCCCCCAGUUAGUCUAAUCGUCAAUUCUGUCCGUCAUCUCAUGUCUUGCUCUGGCCGCGGGACAUUGAUCAUCCCCGAAUGGCCCUCCGCUCAUUUUUGGCCUUUCUUGCGUGAAGGGUCUCCUCGGUUUAGCUCGUAUGUCGCGGAAAUGUUUGUUCUGCCUGCAGUCGGAGAUCUACUACUGGAGGGUCCUUGUCAGAAGCAGAUCUAUAAGUCUCGACCUUUUGUUUUUCGUGGUUGCCCGAAGUUCAGAAUGCUGGCUUUGCGUUUAGAUUUUAGGGGAGUUGUCUAGCCCUCGUGGCAUACUUUUCGAGCCCGGUGAUGCACUUUUUCCUGUCUCGUUUUUUGGUUACG